AUGGCGCCGACGGCUGAUGGGUGGCAUGGGCCGGCGGGGGGCGGCCGGGCGGCCCCAAUAGGGAACCCGCGCGGCGGCGACGGCCUGACGCCAAUCCGCGGGGGAAUGCUCGCCUCGGAUUGGAGGUGCAAGGCACGCGCGCCCCCGCCAGGGCAGUCGAUCGACCUGGCGCUCUUCUGGGCGUUCUCUGCCUUCGCCUCGACAGCGCUGGGCGGGCUGGAGCUGGUGGGCCAGGGCAGGGCCCUGUCGGCCGUGGACGACUUGUGUUCCCAGGCGCAGUGCGGGAGCCUCGCCGGCCUCACCGCCUGGAUUGUCAGAAUCCAGCUGGCCGCCUGCCUCGCGGCGGUGGCCUACGUCCUGUCCUGCGUCGCGCUGGCGCCCAGGCCCCCGGGCGGAUGCCGGCCGGCUGUGGGCCUGCUGCUGGCGCUGCUGGUGUGCUCGUUCCACCUGGUUGCCGCGAUCGGGCAGUUCGCAGGCGGACAGUGGAUCGUGGGGCGGGACGGGGAGGCGCUGGAGAGGGAGCGGGGGGAGGUGGUCUUCGGGCUGUGCUGGUGCCUGACGGUCGUCUUCGUGCUCAUGGUGCUGCUGCUGUGCGCGGACCACGCCCAGCGCGUCGUCUUCGUGGGCCGUACCGUACCUGCAGUAAGCCAUUAUGACUAUGCCAUCAUAUCGUAG